AUGGGGGCAUUACUGCCCACUCUGCCCGGCACCCGUUGCCGGGGAAAUGCCUUCACGGACGUUCCUGACUUUUUUCCUGACUCUCGUUUUCUUUUUUGGUUUUGCGAAUCCUCCCUCUUUCCCCCCGGUUCAGGGACCUCCGCCAGGCCAGGCCUAGGGGGCGCUCCGAGUAGAGGCCGAGACCGCGUCCCGGCCAAUGGGAAGGGGGCCGGUAGGCGGCCCAAGGCCCGAGGGGAUGCCAAGCUUCGGGGGCCCAGCCUGCGGCCCUCGCGUCCGGCCCGAGGGAGGAAGGCGCCGAAGGAGGAGCCCGGAGCUCGCGGCAAGCGGGGAUCGCCCCGGCAACCGGGCCCAGCUGGAGCCAGGACACGGGAGGCGGCCCUCCUCCGGCCGGCAACUGUCUCCCGAGUCGGCGGAGGGGAGCCAGAAGUUGGCCUCCAGGCAGUAGGCCGCGCGGAAGGAGAGGUAGGCCCCAAAAGGCCAGAGGUGGGCCUGAGGAAGCCAGAGGUAGGCCCCAAAAGGCCAGAGGUGGGCCUGAGGAAGCCAGAGGUAGGCCUCAAAAGACCAGAGGUCGGCGCCACGAACCCAGAGUUACAUCCGAAGGAGCCCGACCUAGGCCCCAAGAAGCCAGAGUUAAGCCUGAAGGAGGUGGAGGUAGGCCUGAAGAAGGAAGGCCUGAAUAGCCCAGAGGCAGGCCUAAAGGAGCCAGAGGUAGGCAUUGAGAAGGUAGGCCUCAGGAGCCCAGAGGUCGGCCUGAAGGAGGUAGGCCUCAAAAGCCCAGAGGUAAGCUUGAAGAAGGUAGGCGUAAAAAGCCCAGAGGUAGGCCUGAAGAAGGUAGGUCUCAAAAGCCCAGUUGCCGACCUGAAGGAGGUGGGUCUCAAAAGCCCAGACAUGGGCCUGAAGAAGCCAGAGGUGGGCCUGAAGAAGCCAGUGGUAGGCCUGAAAGAGGUAGGCCUCAAGAGCCUAGAAGUAGGCCUGAAGAAGCCAGAAGUAGGCCUGAAGAAGCCAGUGGUAGAUCUGAAGGAGAUAGGCCUCAAAAGCCCAGUGGUGGGCCUGAAGAAGCCAAAGGUAGGCCUGAAGAAACCAGAUGUAGGCCUGAAGCAGGUAGGCCUCAGAAGCCCAGAAGUUGGCCUGAAGAAGCCAAAGGUAGGCCUGAAGAAACCAGAUGUAGGCCUGAAGCAGGUAGGCCUUAGAAGCCCAGAGGUUGGCCUGAAGAAGCCAGAGGUAGGCCUGAAGAAGCCAGUGGUAGGCCUGAAGGAGGUAGGCCUCAAAAGCCCAGAGGUGGGCCUGAAGAAGCUUGAGGCACACCUUAAAAAAACAGAAGUGGGCCUGAAAACGGUAGGCCUCAACAAGCCAGACGCGAGCCUGAGAAAGGUGGGCCUCAACAAGCCAGAAGUAGAACUUGAGAAUCCUGAGGUAGGCCUGAAGCUGCUGGAGGUAGGCCUCAAGAAAGUUGACCUCAAGACACUGGAGGCCGGAGACCAGGGGCUGAAGCAGGGACAAGGCGUCAAGAAGCCAAACAGAGGGCGCAAGAAGGCCAACGCGGACCCGAAGGUGCCCAAAAUGGGCGACAAGCAGCAGGCGGUUCCUGGGAAACCGGCUCGGGGCCGGGGGAGUGCCAGGGAGCAGGGCCCAGGACCCAGCAAGGAGCAGAGGGCCCAAAGGAAGCCGGGAGCAGGCCGGGCCCAGGUGGUGAAGGGGCAGAAGAAAGGGGGGCAGUCCCCCGGCGCCAGGAGGGAUGGCAAGGAGAGCCAGGCAGGAGCCAGCGCCCGCAACGGCACCGGGGUCCCGGUGCCUUUCCCCCGGGAGCUCCAGCCACCCCCCGAGAGCGAGUCAGGGGCACCGUCUCUGCCCGUGGGCUGCAUCCUGGCGGAGAACGCGAUUGCCUGCCCGGCUGCCAAGCUGACGGAGAUCCCGAAACUGGUGGACCCAGGUUUACAGACUCUCUACCUGGCAG